AUGCAGAUCCUGAAGAAGCUGCUCAACGGCCCCGGGGGCGCCGCGGGGGGCAAGAUGUUCAAGGAGAAGAGGAGAAAGGGUGCCUGGCCCGGCUCCGACAAGGAGAUGGAGGGCAACGGCCCCUUCCCCGGAGGGAAAGGAAGCAACGGCGAUGCUGGCGCCGCCACCUCUACCCGGGGAGGGUUCGACAAAGUAGGGGGCCGGGGAGGAGGGGGAGGGCACGAUGCGGCCCCCGGCGAAGCGGUCGGUAUCGGGGGAAUGCCGCUCAACUACGGCUACCCGCUGGGGUAUCCGGUGGGGGCUGCCGGCGGUGCCAGGGGUGGCUACCCGAUGGGGGGAGGGUUUGGAGGCAUUCCGGACUUCUCGUCGUUUCAGCAUGGGGUCCCCGGGGGGCCAAGUAUCCCUCCCUACCCCAACUACCCCCAGCCUCCCGGCGGAGCCCCGGCGGGAGGUUUCAAGGGCGUCGGCAUGGGCUACGGAGCGCCGUUCUCAGCGCCUGGGAUGACCUCGAACGCAGCCUGCGGAGCCGCUGCCUCGCAGCAGGAGCAGAGCCAAGCGGCCGCCUAUGCGGCGGCCUACGCCGCCGCGGCCACCACGCACGCCGCCAACCAGUCGGCCGGCAUGGGCAUUAUCUCUGGCAAACCCGCCGGGGACGGAAGAAAUAAGCCCCCCGGGGACCUUGACCAAGGCGGGGGAGGUGGUGGCGGCGGCGGCGGCAUGCUUACGCUCACCAUGGACAAGGAAGCGGACGGGCCUACGAAAGGCGCGGGCGGCGGCAGCGCGGCGUCUUUUCUGGGUGGCGGCGGGGGUUUGUUGAAGCUCAGCAUGGACGAGAACGGUCUAAAGGAGAUGCGGGAUAACAUGGCCGCAGCCGCGAAGAUCGUCCAACAGCACCAUGCCGGGGGGGGGGGCGACGCGAGCGCGGCUGAGGCGGCGGUCGGGACGGCGGGUGCGGCGGGCGCGAACGGCGCUGAAGGAGGCGCCGGCGUCGAUGCCGUUGCGGGGCCGAGCGGGGCAGCCGCAGGGAGGCCGUUCCCCGGCCCCCUGUCUCCGUUCGGGCACCUCCCACCGGACAUGCAGGCGUAUGGCCCGCUUAACCCGGGGUCGUCCCCCCACCCCAACCCGCACCAGCAAGCGUACCCGUUCCCGCCGUACUCGCCAACGGCCCUUAUCGGUGGCGGCGGCGGCGGCGGCAGCGGCGCCGGAGCGCCGACCAUGGAGAUAAGCUUGGACGGCGGCAGCGGCGGAGGAAUGGGGGCCCCGCAGAGGGGCCCAGGGGGGAGUGAGGGUGCGGGCGACUCGGAUGGGAGAGUCGUGGGCGGCAUGGAGAUCGUCGGACACCAGCUGGAGCAGUGGCAACGGAAGAUGCUGGUCGACGACGGGACCGACAAGUUCGCCGGCAGAGAGCUAGUGCAGCUGGACGCCACGGACCAGUUUUUUUCAAGUCCCUUCACAAGCUCACCCCCUUCCCCCGCCCGUCUCGCCAGACGCCCGGGGGGAACGAAGCACCGGGAGGACCGGUCCUAG